AUGUGUCGCCGUCGAUUCGUUAUCGAAGAGCUGAAGCAGAGGUUCGAUCUUUCCAGAUAUGAGCACGUGGACUGGAGAAGGACAACUCAAUCUUUCCAGAUCUGGUGGGAGUGGCAGGAGCGAGGGGAGGGCUACAACGAGAUGGCGGCGGGAUGGUUGUCGCCUCACCCAUCUCCUCUUUCUUCUUGCCGCCGCGCUGAUUCGGGACUCGGAAAAGGACACCAAUCAGGUUGGGGAAGCUCGAGAUGGCGGAGGAACUAUCGUGUCGGCCGGAGAUCUGGAUAUGGAUUGAGAGAGGAAGGCGACAUCAAGCGGUGGGCGGCGAUUGGAGUAGGGUUGGGUAGAUGA